AUGAGCGCAAACAACCUGCUGGCGCUACCGCUCAAGGCCACAGACUCGCUGCCAUCUCUCGCAGACGAAAUCAUCGCCUUCGUCGCAUCGGCAAGCGAGACGACGCAUCCAGCAGCUGUGGAGGAGGAUGCGCGGGCGCUGCAGGCUCUGCGGGAGAAGGCUUUGGGAGCUGGCGAAGCGGCAGUCCCCCUCGUCAAUCUCGCUACUUUGACAGACCUGACGAGAUACUACGCCCAACUCACCUUCGCCAAGUCCCGGCUGCCCGCCUCGUUCCCCGUCUCCUUCCCAUGGUAUCCGCUCUUUUCGACUCCAUCUGCCCUCCCUCUCGCAUUAGGCUCCUUCUCGACGGUUUCUGCGCCCGUCGCGCUGCCCGAUCUCGACUACGAGCGUCUCGCUGUCCUCUACAACCUCGCUGCUGUGCACGCAGCUCUCGGGACAGAACGGCGGAGAACAGAUCAGGAAGGUAUCAAGGCUGCAAUCGCGUCUUACCAGAAUGCAGCUGGCACCCUCUCUCUCCUGCUUGACCAACUAGGCGACUUGCAUAGACCAUCUCCUGGAGCGUCGCCUUCCAUCUGGCCAGCCGACCUUGCUCGACCGACCAUCGAAGCUUUGCGGGAUCUCUGCCUCGCCCAAGCGCAAGAAGUGGCUUGGCAGAAAGCCGUCAUGGAUCGCCUCAAGAACGGCAGCGUCGCCAAGCUCGCGCUCCGUGUCGCCGAGUUCUACCAACAAGCGCAGCAGGCGGCCAACCUCGCACGAGCUGGAACGGGUUCUUCAGCGCCUUUCCCCUUUCCCGAGGACAUCAGCCGAUACCUCGCCGUCAAAGCUGCACACUUCACUGCCGUGGCGCAGUACCGGCGAAGCAUCGACGACCUUGGCGCAAACCGGUAUGGCGACGAGCUUGGCCGCCUGCAACUCGCCGAUCAACAGCUCAAGCAAGCUGUCGCGCUCGGCAAAAGCGGUGUUCCCCUUCCCGUGCUGAGUGACCUCAAGUCGCUCCAGAAGACUGUCUCGGAGAACCUUGCGCGCGCCACGAAAGACAACGACCUGAUCUACCUUGCGACUCCGACACCUUCGUCGGUCCUGCCAUCGAUUGUCUCCGCCACACUCGUGAAGCCCGUUAUUCCGCCCGAGCUCGCUUCACCUCUCAAGUAUCUACACUCGCAAGGCGGAGGGCUCGGCAAACCCCUACUCGAAGCGCUUGUGCCGAAGGAGACGCUCGAGAUCCUGUCGCUUUGGGAAGACCGGAAGAAGACUUGGCUCGCCGACAAGGUUACUUCGACAGCGCGAGAGCUGGAUGCGGUCAGCACUGCAUGCUUGACUGAGCUACAACUUCCUGCUGCGCUCGACGCCGUCCAGCAACCGCUCGGCGUUCCUUCAGCGAUUUUGACGAAGGCGGCAGCGAUCAAGAGCGAAGGCGGGAUCGCGAGGCUCGAAGCGAUGAUGAAGGACGUCCGGCGUGUUGCCGAGGUCAACCGGAAGUUGCUACAGGAGUCGGAAGACCUUAUUGUGGAGGAGUCCGCGGAUGACGCCGCUCGACGAGCCGAACACGGCAGCCGCCGCUGGACGCUGUCCCCGUCCUCCGAAAUCGCCGCUCCACUCGCGCAGCGAGCUGGACAGCUUUCGAGCUUCCUCAGAACGGCUGCGCAGAGCGACAGCACAGUCCGAGCCAACUUCGGCGAGUGGCAGAAGGUCCUCGAAAUCUUCGACGCUGGUCAGGACGCGAUCGCUCGUGCCAUUCCUUCUGGCGAUGCGUCGAACGUCUCGCUUGCAGCGCCACAAGUUGCAGCCGCCCGUGACUUGCGCGCUCUACUCGACGAGCUUGAAGGUGUGCAGGCUGCGCGCAGGCGCCUCGUCGAGGCGGCGAGAACGGCUGUCGCCCAAGCCGACAUUCGAACGCGCCUGCUUUCCGACCAUGCUGCCUCGCCUACAUCCUCAGGAGGACUCGCCUCGUUCGAGCCACUGCUUGAGGCGGAGAUGAAGAAUCUCGCCGAGCCGUACGAGCGCGAGCUUCUUGCAUCCGACUCGCAUCAGCAAGACAUCCUCAGCAACAUCAAAGCUCUCCACGAAGUAUUCGUGCAGCAUCGCCGGGGCCAGGCGAGCAUGCGAGAGCGCGAAGAAGCUCUUCAGCGCUUCGAUACUGCGCACGUCAAGUACUUCGAUAUGCUCACGAAUCUCAAGGAAGGCUUGAAGUUCUACGCCGACCUGUCCAAGUUGGCUGGCGAGCUGCGAGACUCGGUCAAGACGUUCGUCCAUGCCCGCCGAAACGAGGCUGACAACCUUGAGCAUGCGUUGGCGUCGCGGGAUGUGCAACCGCCCCAUCCGCUCACGGUUCCCGAGCAAGCUCCGCGAACCAGGGCAGGUCCGCAAGCGCCAGCCGAGACGCAAACGCCGAGGCGAGCGACGAGGUCGAGUGCGAGAAGCGAUGGGACGGGCGGCCACAACCCCUCCGCUUCGACGCCUUCGCGCCUUUCCGCCCGUCACGCAGCAAUACCCUCCCGUCAAGAUAGCCGCGUUCAACAAGUCGAACCAGCAGAGGAAGGAUGGAGCCCAGCCCAAGGCAUUCGCUUCGGCUGA